CCCUCCCUCCUCCCCCGCCCGCUUCCGCCCGUCUUAUUAUCCUCCUUAUUGACAAAUAGAGCGGCCGCGGCAGCGACUCUCGGCGUGCGUUUGUAGCCAAGCCAUGGGAGACAAGAAGAGCCCCACCAGGCCGAAGCGGCAGCCGAAGCCGUCCUCGGAUGAGGGUUACUGGGACUGUAGCGUCUGCACCUUCCGGAACAGCGCCGAGGCCUUCAAGUGCAUGAUGUGCGAUGUGCGGAAGGGCACCUCCACCCGAGAAGAAAAAGCUGGAUCACUUACCAGUAACUGGAGUUCUCCUAUUGGGUAAUCUCCACAGAUCCACAUUCUUUGAAGUUAUUGUGAAUGCCUCGAGGACCAAGGGACCGUUGAAAUUUCCAAUUUCAGGAAGGAAACCUCGGCCUGUCUCCCAGUUGGUUGCACAGCAGGUUACUCAGCAGUUUGUGCCCCCUACACAGUCAAAGAAAGAGAAAAAAGAUAAAGUAGAAAAAGAAAAAAGUGAAAAGGAAACAACUAGCAAAAAGAACAGUCAUAAGAAAACCAGGCCAAGAUUGAAAAAUGUGGAUCGGAGUAGUGCUCAACAUUUGGAAGUUACCGUUGGAGAUCUGACAGUCAUUAUUACAGACUUUAAGGAGAAAACGAAGUCACCGCCCGCAUCUAGUGCUGCUUCUGCAGAUCAACACAGUCAGAGUGGCUCCAGCUCUGAUAACACAGAGAGGGGAAUGUCCAGGUCAUCUUCACCCAGAGGAGAAGCCUCAUCAUUGAACGGAGAAUCUCAUUAAAGUUUAUUUUCUCCAAUUUCCUAGUCACUUCUGUCAUACCAUGCAAAUACACAGAUUAUGCCAAGAAGUACCACAUUUUCAUGACAAACAUAUUCAUGCACAAUCCAUAAUUUGCAUUUUACAUAAAAUAGAAAUUUGUUAGAUUUUAUUGCAAUCUAUGCCUACCAAACAUUUCCAGACUUAACAUUUUGGUCUCCACAGUUAAAGGUGCCAUGAAAAUGUGGUUGAAUUACUCAUUAUGCAGUGUUAUUGGUAAGUCUAUUUUCACUUUUAGUUUAGUGAAUUCUAACACAUAAUUCUUGAAUUCUCUACUAUUGGCAUGUAACGAAUUUAAAUUUUUAUAACAUAGUGCAAGCUGCCUAAAUAUGUAUUAUUUGAGAAUUGUGAAACAAAUAGUUAUAUGUAUACAAGUCAAAAAUCAAUUUAAUCAACUGUUGCUACAACAGAAUUUUCUUAAUGGUUAUCCUCUUAAAUACACCUGCUGGUACUUGGUGUGGUUAAAUAGGAAGAUUGUUAUUAAAUAAAGAAUUUGUAUGAACCAUUGCCAAUGUUUUUGACACAUUUUACUAAAUUAUUGUUCCUGAAUUAUGUUUUAGGUUUUAUCUGUUUUUGGGGGGAAUUUUUGCUUAUCUUUCAAAACAUUCAUUUAUUGUAAUGUUUACUAGCAGACUAGUAAACAAUAAAACAUUGAUUACUUGGCUUUAUAAUUCAGAUUUAGUGCUAUUGUCAUUGAACACUGGUAUUUUCUGUAUUAUAUAGAACAUUAAAAUUCAAGUAAUUAUAAGCAUUUGGCAAAAACAGAAGAGAAGAAACCUGUCAUAUUUUAAAAGCUGCAGUUUUGGAAAAGCUUUAACUUAAUAGUUUUAUCACUGUUUCCUUGCCCCAGACUUAUCCAGGGUCAUAGAAGUGUGAAUCUAAUUAAUACAGAAAUGGGAACUGUUGCACAGAACUGAGAAAUAACUAAUCUUUAAUCAGUUUAAUUGGCCUCUUAUUAAAUAUAACAAUUCUUAUAAAAAUUAUAGUACCCUAUUUUCAGAAACAAUUGCCAGUUUAUGCAUUUAUCAAUAUCCUAAAAUUUAAAAAGCAUUUACAGCCCCACUUACUAUUAUGUAAAUUUACCAAUAAAAUAUUUUUAUGACUACAGAUUUUGCAUUUUUGUUUACAACUAAUAAAAGUGUUUUUUGUUGUUUCUAAAAAUCCAACUUAGAAACCACACAGUACUUAAAUUCUAGGGUCUCCUGCUUUCUCUUAGCCAUUUGUUUAGUAUGUAUUCACCUAUAGGAGACUUUUGAACUAUAAAUGAACUUUGAAUCAUAACUUGGAUACAGAAUAUCACAUAAAAACAUCAUGAUAGCGUUUGAAGAAAGAAAUAAAACUGUAGACCCUGACAGUUGUGAUAUUUGGUGGUUUCAUGUGGUAAUGUAAUUUUCUGUUUAAUUGCAGUACUUUUUACAGGCACAAUGGUACUGUCUUUUUUGUAAGAUGCAAGUUGUGAAAUACAGUUAAUUGCAUACAGUAAAAGUCUGUGAUUAAAACAUUUAUAUACCUCAUU